AUGUAUGCUACAUUGAAGAAGGAGAAAGAUCGAAGUGAGCAAAGGAACAGCGAUCGAACAUUUUUAUCGAAAUUCAAUCAGUGGCCACAUGUUUUCAACCUUGCGAAUUGUACUGUUGGUGUGAGUAUGCUUGCCAUGCCGUAUUGUUUGCAACAGGUAUUGAGUUCACGUGUUGGGUGUGGCAUUUUACUUGGUACCAUCCUAAUUGGGAUUUGUUCAAUAUUAACCAAAAUCACUUGCCAUUUGUUGUAUCAAGGAGCGCUUCUGACACGGCGUCGAAGUUAUGAAUCUAUGGCAUUGUACGCUUUUGGUAGUAAUGGAAGGCGUUUCGUUGAGUUGCUUAUGAUUUUAUUUUUGAUGUCGUGUGUCAUAUCUUUUAUGGUUGUAAUUGGUGAUAUUGGUCCUCAUGUAUUGGCCGAUUAUUUGGAAUUGCAAGUUCCUACUCAAAGAUUACGAAUUCUUGUCAUGGUAGUAGUUUUUCUCUUUGUUAUAUUACCACUGUCAUUAUUCCGUAGUGUAACCAGUCUAUCUAAAAUUAGUUCAAUAACCGUAUUGUUUUACGGUGUAUUUGUAUUGCGCAUGUUGGCUGAAUGUAUUCCACGAAUCUUCGACUUCAGUUGGAGCACUGAUAUACGUUGGUGGCGACAAGAAGGUUUAUUGAAUAGCUUGCCUAUCAUUUCAAUGGCACUGUCCUGUCAAACACAAUUGUUCUGUGUCACUGAUUGUAUAAAAGAGCCAUCGGCUGCUAAGGUGGAUACAAUAGUUUCGGGAGCAGUGAACAUCUGUAGUGGUAUGUAUGCAGCCGUUGGUUUGUUCGGAUAUGUUGCCUUUCAUGAUGUCGAAUUAUAUGGUGAUAUUCUCCUGUAUCUGCAAAGUUCUUUACUGACCCAACUAAUGAAACUAACUUUCAUGCUAUCAGUAGCUGUCAGUGUUCCACUUAUGUUGUUUCCAAGUCGAAUUGCGUUUUAUAAUCUUCUCUUGAAAUCGGAUGCUUGUGAAUACGCUGUGCUGCGUAUGCCUUCGUUAAUAUUUGUUUCACUGACAGUAUUCCUCUUAUCUUCGUGUUUAUUAACUGCAGUAAUUGUACCAAAUGUUGAAUUUAUCCUUGCAAUAACGGGUGCGACGAUUGGUUCUCUUGUAACGAUCAUCAUUCCAUCGUUAUUAUUCCUCUCAGUAUCUCGUGGCAUUGAACAAUUUCGUCUUUUAAUGUUUUAUGCAAAAGUGUCUGUAAUAAUCGGUUCGUUUAUGCUCAUCGGAAGUACAUGGGCAGUUUUACAUACGGAACAGGAAACAAAUGUUGUCGACAUCAUUUUACCUAAACAAAUAGGAGGAAAACGGAAAGGGAAGCAAAAUGUAGGCAUUGUUACGAAUGAAGAAAGCAAGACAUUGCUACGUGAAAUCAAAGAGCAACGCAAAGAGCAAAGUAGAAUUUUAAAAGGGCAGCAGGCGAUUGCCGAUGAACUGAAGAAGCAUAACGGAAUGCUAAAAAAAGUGACUAUAGCUGACAUUUCGAAAGUAAACGCAAAUAUCAAACGGACGAAAGAGAUCGGAGAUGAACUCAUAAAUUUUGAUAAGGAAGAAAAAGGUCGAGAAUGGUAA